GAUUUCGGGCAAUGCCAUCUCCAAAUCACUAUACGAAAAGGCCGUCUAUUACUUACGAAGCGGGAUGGAUCGUAUUUGGGUUCCCAAGUUAUCGUCUACUUCGCGAAUUACUCAUUCAAGAAGUCCAUGAUUCAAAUUCGUCGGGACAUUUCGGGGUUGAUAAAACUCUGAAGGCGUUGCAGCGGUCUUAUUUCUUGCCAGAUAUGGUGUCGGACGUGCAGCGUUACGUGGCCGCGUCUCCGAUCUACCAGCAAAUGAAAUCAUCACAUCAGAGACCGACAGGACUGUUGCAGCCCCUCGAGCCACCUCAAUGCCCAUGGCAACACCGGAAACGACGUAGUAUUGGUUGUCGUCGACCGAUUCACGAAAAUGGCGCAUUUCGCACCAUGUCGUACAACCAUCACAGCCGAAGAAACCGCGCGACUGUUCAUCUCGACCGUUGUGCGCCUACACGGAUACCAGCAGCAAUCAUCAGCGAUCGAGACCCGAAGUUCACGUCAAAAUUUUGGCAGGACACGUGGGCUCGGUACGGCACGUGCCUGCAAUUAUCAUCCGCUUAUUAUCCCCAAACGGGCAGUCAGACAGAGAGGACAAACCAAACGAUGGAACAGCUAAUUCGGACAAACUGCCUUGUCCGAAACAAAUGGGAGGACGUGCUUCCCAUGUUGGAAUUCUCCUACAACAACGCGCCCUCAGCUACGACUAAUCACUUCCCGUUUUACCUCAAUUAUGGGAUGGACCCGACAGUACCUAUCUCUACCAACGUUGAGAGUCAA